AUGGAUUUGAGCAACUCCAAGUAUCUUAUAGAGACUCCAGAGUUUUUUUGGACCCCAAAAAUCAAGCGGCUAGAUUUUACAGGAUGCACAAACUUAAUACAGGUCCAUUCAUCAAUUGGAUAUCUUACAGAACUUGUUUUCGUAAGUUUUCAAAACUGCAGCAGUUUGGUUGACCUUGAUUUUGGUAGUGUAUCAAGAUUAAGUUCUUUGAGAGUUCUACACCUUUCUGGUUGUACAAAACUUGAAAAGACGCCAAGUUUUACCGGCACAUCUAAUCUUGAGUACCUUGAUAUGGAUGAAUGUACAACUUUAUCCAAAGUUCAUGAACCCAUUGGGGAUUUGACAAACCUUAAAUUCUUGAGUUUGAGAAACUGCACAAAUCUGGUUGAAAUGCCCAAUAGAAUUAAGAGGAUGGCAUCCGUUGUAACGCUAGAUUUUUGCGGUUGCUUGAGUCUUAGCAUUCUACCCCUGAAAUGUACUCGUACUGAUCAUAUGAGAUCUUUGAUUUUUCUAGAUUUAAGCUUUUGCAAUCUUCAUGAAGUACCAGAUACUAUUGGAACGUUAAAGACGUUAGAAAGACUAAACCUACAAGGAAACAAAUUCCGUUCACUACCUGAUGUUUUCAACAUUCUUCCCAACAUAGCAUAUGUAAACUUAUCUCAUUGCCACGAGCUUGAAACUGUUGAAUUCCAACCUUUAAUUAGUGCUUUUUCUGAAGGAAGGUAUUUUAAUGGAGGAACAUAUUUUGACAUAGCAGCAGGAUCUCGUGAUCAUAGAUCUGGAUUAUAUAUAUUUGACUGCCCCAAGAUCAUGAAGAUGAGCAUAAACCUAACCAUGGGAUAUAGAUGGUUUCGAAGACUGCAUGAGAAUCCCCAAAACUUUCGGGGUGGCUUUGACAUCGUUAUUCCUUGGGAUUGGAAAAAUAUUGAUCAUCCAUCAAGUGGAUGUACUCUAAAGUGGUUCAAUCACCAAUUUGAUGACGGUUCAAUAAUAAGGAUAGUGGAUUUUGAUGAGUUUUACAAGAAUUUUGGCUUUGCCUUCUAUGUUUCAUUUGAGGAGGAAAUUGAGAAUUCUGGAGCCAAGUCAAAAGAAAUCGAUCUUUCUAAUCUGGGCCUUGAGUGA